GAAGAAUCAAAGUGACGCAUGCGUCAUCUUCCUUUGACGGCCAACUCUUAGCCCAUGGAGGACGUGGUGGCACAGAAUAUUCUAUGCUCAGUCCCUCUUCCAAUGGUGCAUCGAGCGUUAUACAUGGUUCUGCCGUAAGUUAUGGUAACCUCAAAGCCAGUACAUCUACCAAUGCUUGGAGAUCAAAUGGCAACAAUGGGCAGCAUUUUGAGCUGAGGUAUAGUGAGGCCUCAUUUUUUACCCACAUUGAAACAAGAGGUGGUAACAAUCAAUGGACUAAAACGUUCAAGCUGCAGUACUACAAUGUCACCACCAAUCAAUGGGUUGCAUACAAGCAUCUUCCGUCAGAGUCUUCCCAGACUACGUUUAAUGGGAACAACGAUGCCAACAGUCCUGUCAAGCAAGAGCUGGAUACAGUAGUCUACACAAAUGGCUUCAGGGUUUUUCCAAUCACCUAUUACAGUGCAGUGUCUUUGACAGUAGGCUUCUAUGGAUACACAGCUCAAGCUUCAUUAGAUAAACUUGAUGCACCACCAGUUGGUUCUUGUGAUCCAAGCAGUACUGGUGAGCCUGGUGGCCCAGGGACGGUGUACUUCAGUGGAACUGAAGCACUGGGUGUGUCUAAAGUGAGCGUGGACAACAUGGGAAAGAUACCAACUAUAGCAUAUUCUUCCCCAGACUGUGAUCACUAUGACCCCUACACAUCAGGUGGUGUUGCUUAUUUUGAUGAUAGUGUUAAUGCUGUUGAUAUAAUUACUGUCACCAAUGGAGCAUUUGCAGUGUUUGAAAAUGAUCUGACAGUUGGUACAAUAGAAGGAGACAAUACUUCAGCUAUUCUGUACCAACCUCAAGUCUCUGGUAAAACACUGACUGUUAGUACAGGAAUUGUCCAUGCAAAAAUUGUCCUUGAAGCAUCAAACACACUUGUUCUUAAUGGAGAUGCCAUCAUAGGAAAAUGGUCCAAAAUCCUGGGGGAAGUUUCAACAGCAAAUGCAAACACUCUAGAUGUGAUGGCACCAUUCACCCUAACAGCUGAUGAAAGUACAUUACAAAUAGACAAGCUCACAGUACAUUCAACCGGUGAUUUGGAUAUUGGUUCUGGUAAUCUCUUUACAUUUGAGAUUGAGACAAUAGAGCUAGAUGGAACGAUUACUACUGGUGAUCGCCCAAUUGCUGUGACAAACUGUGCCAGCUUUACUCAGAGCAACACUGGUGAUAUCCAAUUCAUCCCAGGGGGCACCUUCCAGUGUGAUGAAAUCGAAAUUGAUGGUACAUUUUUGGCAAAAGGUCCAAUUACCUUUGCUGGAACACAACGUGAGCAAGUGCAUGUAUUUACUGUUGGUGAUAAUGGCAACUGCCAACUGGACAGUGAUGCUCAGUCAGGCCAUUCAUGGACAGGAGGAUCAGUGCUACCUGCAAACACUGUUACUAUCAAGAGAUACUUCUAUGCUGGAAGGCUGUCCAUCAUCAGCCCCUCUGGUAGUGGUUGGCUUUAUCUAGGAGUAGAUAAUGAUGCUAAAAUCACUAUGGAAGCUGAUGACCCAUUGAAGGUAAACCAGAUUGAAAUGGAUGGUACAUUUGAAAGUUUCAACCCGAUUGAUAUAUUAGUAAGUACAGUUGGGGAGGAUUUGUCCAUUAGUAUUGGGAACAGUGCAACAAUGGUAUUUGACAAGGACACAGCCGUUAAUAAUAAUGGUCCAUACAGCGGUAGUUCUUCCAUCACUGCAAAUACUCUCACCACAGGAUCAAGUAGUUCACUCAGAUUUCAUCAAUGUACCAUCCAGAUUAAUGCUAUCUCUAUCAGUGGGACCGUUUAUGGAAGCAUUGAUGGCGACCUUGAAGUGGACACUUUUUCAGUGUCAAACACAGGAGCUGUGUACCUCAUGAAUCAGGUGAAAUUCACAGGCAAGAGCAGCGCCCGCACAGAAUCUAUCACUCUGAAUGGAAGACUUAACCUGGAUUAUGACGUCACGCAUAAUGGUAACAGCUGGUCGGGUUUAGGUUCAAAUUUCAACAUUGACAAUUUGUUGUGCGAGCAUUCAAGUGGCAGAUUCGUUGGUGGACUGUUAGAACUGACUACAUCUAUGGCAUCUAUCGAUAUGGUAUCGGGCUGUCAAUUUGAGUUUUGGCCUCUGGAGGAUCUAGUAUACACUGUUGCUGCUGUUAAUGUUAAAUCAGGAGCAACAAUGACAACACAUAGAGAAUUUGAAAGAUUCUCUGGCAACAGCUUGACAGUUGGUGGUACUCUAGAUCUUGACUACAAAUGUCCAGUAGUUACUGAUGCAGGCUGUUACAGGAGUGAACUCGUUUGGGACACUAUUACUGUAACUGGUAACCUACGUGCAGGAACCUUAGAAAUUGAUGCAACAACAUUAACUGUCAGUGGAACUAUAGAUGUCACUGAAGGUGGUUAUACAGCUGAUGAGGGACCUGGUGCUGGAACUCCACAUAGUUCUGGCGGUACAGGUGCCACCCACGCCAGUCGUGGUGGGAGAAGUCACUACGUCACCACUGAUGUGGUAUAUAUAGGAACAUUUGAUACAUUCACUGAAUGGGGAAGUGGUGGUGCAACAGCUGGUGGUCAUGCAGGAGGACGUGGUGGUGGAUACAUCAAAGCUACCAUCCAGGAUCUUGUCAAUAAUGGGAACAUCAACCUGAAUGGCGCAAUUGGAGUGAAUGGGCAUGCUGGUGGAGGAGCUGGAGGUUGCUUUUAUGCAGAUAUCUCAGGUUCAUUCACUGGUACUGGUUACAUCACAUCCAAUGGUGGCCAGGGACGCUCUUAUGGAGGCGGUGGCUCUGGUGGACGUAUCAUUGUCAAUUAUCAAAGUGGAGGAUUCGUCAGUGGUCAUGCCAUAUCAAAAGGUGGUCCCGCUGGUGGAAGUGGAAACUCAGAACCUGGUGGACCAGGAAUGACCUAUUUCCACAAGACCUCACUGCCUGAAUACAAAGAGUUGCGUGUUGACAAUGGUUGCCAGUCUCCAAGAGUAACCAUGCCUUCUGGAACAACAGCAACACAAACAGAGUAUGAUUCCUAUAUAGAGACAGGUGCCAUUGCCCACUUGAUGGAGGCAAGCAGUUGGACCUUUGACAUUAUUGGCAUUUAUGGUGGAGCACACCUCACAUAUGAUGGUGGUAACUCUACUCUGACCUCAACACGUAUAGUAGGAGAUGACACUGGAUAUCUUCAUGUAGCCCCUUGGAACACAUUAGAAUGGACAGAGGUUUCUGAGUGGCGUCGUGUAAACAUGACAUGGCAGCCAUAUAUCUACGAGAAUGCCUUAUUCAUCCUCCCUACUGCAAUGGUCGAAAUAAGACAGGUCCUCGACCAACAAGGUCUUGGUAUUAACUCUGCCAUGUGUACCAGUGGUUACCUGACCAGUAGCACCAGACAAUUCUGGGGCACUGUGCAGUCUGAUAAUGCUCAUGUCUUCAUUGGCUAUGGUGCCACUGUGAUAAUGCAGUUGCCCAGUCUGAGACACCUGGACAUGGUAGGGUUAACCAUACAGGAUGGUGGUGUACUGGACUUUAGGAGUGAUGACAAUGACCUGGAUGAUCAAUGGACACUACAGGUAAUCGCAGAUGAUCUAGAAGGAGACAGAGAUGGUAAAAUCCGAGUAGAGGGAGGAGGUGAAAUAAAAGCAAAAGCCCUGUACAUAUACUCCAUCUAUCUGGAUGUGGACCAUGAGGGUGUGAUCCAGGCUGACUACCAGGGCAACUUGGCAGGUGUUGGACAGGGUGAAGGUUACUGUGGAGGUGGCUAUGGUGGCAAAGGUGGCAACAGCCACUCUGCAAGUCAACAACCUGGGCCUGUCUAUGGAAACAUUUAUGAACCCAGAGAGUUUGGUAGUGGAGGUGGCUCAUCCUCAGCUAGCAAUGGAAGAGGUGGAGGAGUGCUUAAGAUUACUACUGCCAACACAAUGAUCAUUGAUGGGAUCGUGUCAUGUAAUGGACAGGCUGGUACAUCACACAUUGGUGGAGGCAGUGGUGGAAGUAUAUAUCUGGAUCUACACCAUAUCAAGGGUUAUGGAGCAUUCCAAGUGAUAGGGGGUGAUGGCUUUGUCCAUAGUUCACACAGUGGUGGUGGCGGCUCAGGUGGUCGUAUCGCAAUGUACUUCAACUCCAACAAGACCUAUGCAGGAAGCUGGGACCUCUAUGGAGGACUCGGUGGUGGUUAUGGGUCAGCAUAUGAUGGAGCUUCAGGAACUGCAUUCUUCUACCAUCAAGUGCAUGAUCAUACAACUCUGUUGAUCAAUAAUAACAUGCGUGGUGCUGCCACGACAACAGAAGUUGCUAUUGGAAAUGGAGACUACACCAGUCUGUCAACCGAUCAGGGAAAGACUUGGUUCCUACCAAUCAGUGGAGAUCACACUUUCUCAGGUGACAAUGAUUACAAAUUUGAUGAAAUGCAAAUCUGGGGUCAAGGUCAGCUUGCGAUCCUCACUGAGCCUGUGGAUUCAAAUGCGACAAUUUUCUUUGACAACAUGAUUGGUGACCGCACUGGAGCUAUUCAUGUUGGACCUAACCAAAUAAUGGAUUUGGAAAGACCACAGAUUGAUCUUCCAUUUGGUGCCCAUAUUUAUGAUGGUGGUUUCCUUGGGCUUGCCCCAGACACCAUUGUACAUGGUGUUGAUAUCUGGAUAAGUGGUAUUUUGGCCCAUGUGGAGAAUCUUACCAUACACCAUGGAGGACAGAUGCUGCUCCAUCAGCUUGGAAGAACAGAAGGAAAUGAUGCCACAUACUACAACUUCCAUUGGGUGCAUGUACAAGAUCUUGGCUACAUUGAUAUGGUCUCUGAUCCUGUCAAUGAACCAGGUGUGAAUUUCAUUGUCACUUUUAUGCACAUUGAUGGUGGUGGAGAUGUCGGUGGUACACACGUCUAUAUCCAUGCUGAGAACAUCACAGUUGAUGCUGGUGGCGCUCUACAUGCUGAUAGCCUUGGCUACAGAACCUCAGAUAAUUAUGAUGAAAACGCCGGUUUACAUGGCAUCGUAAAUCCUGGAAAAGGUACUAGUACUAACUACUAUGCAUCAGGUGGAGGCCAUGGUGGAAGUGGCGGUCGUGGACGAGGUGAUGCAGAUGUGAUUGCACCCAAUGGUAUCUCAUCUAGUGGCACUAGGAGUGGCUCUAGUACAAGUUGGGGAAACCUGUACUCCAGUCACAGUUACACUUGGUGUCCAUAUCACUAUACCAGCAGUGGUAGAUGGCUGAAGACAACAUACAGUAAAGCUUACUAUUUCACCCAUGUUGAAACCAGGGGAAACCCUCACUUUGGUGGAUGGGUAACUCAAUAUGAGGUUCAUUACAUCGAUGCCGAGACAGGACAAAAAGUUACAUAUAAGAAAAAGGACAGUUUAGACACAUGGAGAUUUCCUGGUAAUACGGAUACGAGCACAUAUCUCAAACAGGAAUUUGAUGAACCAAUCUACACAAGUCAGGUUUGGAUCUACCCCAUUGCCUGGUCAAAUAUUAUUGGUCUUGGUAUGCAGUUCUAUGGACACGAUGGAUUGGUUGAGACUGCUGGGCAAGCAUAUGAUGAUCUCUAUGAGCCAACAGACUUUGGAAGUGCUGGAGGUGGUCCUGCUGGUGGACGUGGCGGUGGAAAAAUCUGGUUCAACGUCACUGACACCAUCCACAUAGAUGGUGUUGUGUCAUCCAAUGGUGGUGCUGGAAUUUCAAGUGGCACUGCUGUAUCUGGAGGAGGCAGUGGUGGCUCAGUGUGGAUGCAUGCUAUGAGAAUCACUGGCUAUGGACAGCUGCAAGCCAAGGGUGGUGCAGGAUCUACUGUGAAUGAUAGGUGCGGUGGUGGAGGCUCUGGAGGAAGGGUAGCUCUGUAUUUCCAACAGAAUGACACCUUUAGUGAUUUCCGGUAUCUACCCGCUGGUGGACUCCCGGGUCACUUGUGCCAUCAAUGUGAGGCAGGUGGCGCUGGUACAGUGUUCAUCUACAACAUGUUGGAGAAUCAUCGCACUCUUGUUAUUGACAAUGAUAAUGCUCCUCACCCAGAUCAGAUUUACGUCAACUGGGAAGACACCACCAGGGAUGGUGGCAGGACAUGGAUCAUGCCCUUGUCUGGUGUACAUGAUUUCGCAUCUGGACAACAUAACUUCCAUUUUGAAGAGCUUCAGAUCUAUGGCAAUGCUCACCUUGCAGUUAUGCCUCCUGAUGUCACAUACGAUGGAGAGAACUACAUUAUUUCUCCACAAUUUGUCGAUGGUAACCCAACAUUUACCUCCUCAUCUGCCUAUAAUGUGAGUAUAUUCUUCAAUUAUAUGAUUGGAGACAGAAGUGGCACAAUGCAUGUGUAUGAUCGUCAAGACUUGGAUCUCCAGCGUGAUGAGAUUGAUCUUCCUUUCAACACUUAUGUAUAUGAUGGUGGCCACCUUGGUUUGGCCCCAGAUACCUAUGUACAUGGAGUUGAUAUCCAUAUGGCUGGUCGCCUCUCCUAUGUUAGGAACUUGACUCUACACCACGAAGGUUUCUUCUGGUGUAAGCAUUUAGGUCACACCACAGGGGAUAUCAACAAUACAUACUCCUUUUACCAAGUCCGUAUACAGGAUGACUCAAGCAUGAAUGCCACAACUGAUCCUGUCUCUGAACCAGGUAUCACAUUCGAUGUUGGCGCAUUUACUGUCGAAGGAGGUGGCACCUUACAUGGCACCUUCAUGACAUUUAAUGUGGAGAACAUCACAGUUGAUGACGGUGGUCUUAUUGCAGCUGAUGGGCUUGGUUAUUACUUUACUCACAGAAACGACUCCCAUGGUGAAGACUCCUUACAUGGUUCAGUUAAUGUUGGUAUACCAACUGAUGCUUCAACUGGCCGAGGUUCUGGAGGAGGCCAUGGUGGAAGUGGAGGCAGAGGGACUUUCAACAGUAAUCACAAUUCCGGCUAUGCAUAUGGUGAUCUCUAUGAACCAUAUGUGUUUGGUAGUGCAGGUGGUGCUAGUGUUGAAGGUGGAGUUCCUGGUGGCACUGGUGGAGGUAUGAUCUGGAUGAACGUCACUAACAUGAUUCAUAUUGACGGAGAAGUCACAUGUCAUGGUGGCGAUGUGGCAGAUGGAUUCGGAGGUGGUGGCGGAAGUGGAGGCAGCAUAUGGAUGUAUACUGAACUCAUUAAGGGAUAUGGUAGCAUCAAGGCUAAUGGUGGUGCAGGCUCAGAUGGAUCAGAUUCCAACUAUAGAGGUGCUGGUGGAGGUGGUGGUCGUAUUGCUAUCUAUUUCAAUGUCAAUGAAACUAUGACUGGAUUCAACUAUCACGCAUGGGGCGGAGCUACUGGAGGAGCAAAUGCUGAACCCGGUGGUGCCGGCACUGUCUUCAUCUAUGCCAUGGUUCAAACCCACAGGACUCUCAUCAUUGACAAUGGUGGCCAAGAUCCUAAGGAUGUUGAACACGUUCUUGGAAACUAUGAAGACAUCUCAACUGAUGGUUGUAGAACUUGGAUUCACCCACAAUCUGGGGGACACAUAUUUUCAGGUGGUGCUGAUGUACAUGAUUACCACUUUGAGGAAAUUCAAAUGUACGGCCAUGCUCAUUUUGCUAUUAUGACCGAUCCACCAAAUGAGGAAACAGAUGUUCACUUCCUAUACAUGAUUGGUGACAGGACUGGAACGGUGCAUUUAGGAGCCAACCAGACAAUGGAUCUUGAAAGAGAAGAGAUAGAUCUGCCAUUCAGUGUUCGUGUUUAUUCCCAUGCUUGGUUGGGUCUGGCCUAUAGCACUGUCAUACAUGGCGUCAGUGUCUGGCUGCACAGUACCCUAGCUCACAUUGAAGAUGUCACAUUACACCAUGGUGGAUUCCUUGGAGUUUUCGAAGGUGGCCAUACUUUAAAUGAGGAUUCCAAUGUAAUGAGGAUAGACUGGGUCCGUGUUCAGGAUGACUCUAUUGUGCAAGCUAUCACUGAUCCAGCAACUGAGAACCUAGUAACAUUCUACAUGUUCGAUUUGUUCGUUGAGGGUGGAGCUAAGAUGAUCGGCACCCAGAUGUAUAUCAAUGCAAUCAAUAUUACCAUUGAUGAUGGUGGCGAGAUCCAGUCUGAUGGUCAAGGCUACAGACCAACUGAUCAGAAGAACACUGACACUGGCGUCAACCUUGGUACUGGAACUACUUCUGGUAGUGGAUCUUCCGGUGGUGGACAUGGUGGUACUAGUGGACGUGGUGGUGGCACAGCCAGCACUGGGCAGCCAUAUGGCAAUCUCUUUGAGCCAACCUUAAUUGGUAGCUCUGGUGGAGGUGGUCAAAAUUAUGGAGGCAAUGGUGGUGGAGUCAUUUGGAUGAAUGUUACCAAUAUUCUUCAUCUAGAUGGUGAGAUUAGAUCUAAUGGUGCUGAUGCAGUGAAUUACUAUGGCGGUGGAGGUUCUGGAGGUUCUGUAUGGAUCCACACUGAACUGAUCCGUGGUACUGGUAACGUAACAGCCAAUGGCGGAGGUUCAAUAGGCAGCAGUGGCUACACAGGGGGAGGUGGCUCAGGAGGUAGAAUUGCCAUCUAUUUCAUGACCAAUUUCACCUAUCUUGGAGGCUGGCAAUGUCACGGUGGUGAUUCCAACUACAUCGCUGGUCAUCACCCCUAUUACAACACUGAACCUGGUGGUCCUGGUACAGUCCUCAUGUUUGCUGAGGCACAUGAUCACACCACACUGUACAUCAAUAACAACGACCUAGUGAGUCACCAUGUUGACACUCUAGACAGCUAUAGUGACUUGUCAACAGACAGCUUCAAGGCAUGGAUGCUACCAGCCGCUGGAGAACACUGGCUAGCAGCUGGUAAUCACCAGUAUAAUUUUGAUGAGUUCCAUAUUUAUGGCAAUGCUCAUUUAGCUAUCCUACCCGAGCCACUUGAAUCUGGAGCCACUUUGUACUUUGUUUUCAUGAUUGGUGACAGGACUGGACAUGUACAUAUUGGACCCGAUCAGUCGAUGGAUUUGGAACGCCCAUAUUUGGACACACCCUUUAGCACCUACGUCUAUGACGGAGGUUACCUUGGGUUGGCUCCAGUGACUGACCUCAACAGUGUGUUUGUGCAUAUUGAGGGUACCUUAGAUCAUAUUGUCAACCUAACACUUGUUCAAGGAGGUGAGCUACGUAUGUUCCUCACUGGAUCAACCAACAACUACCAAAGCUUGGACUAUGAAUUUAAUGGUACAGCCAUCAUUAAGGCAGAAUCUGGCAUCACUUGUAAUGGCCCUGCUGCUCACAGUGAGCAGUUCAACCUGAUGUUCAACUACCUCACAGUAGAGGGUGGUGGUUACAUACAAGGGAAACACAUAUUGGUGAAUGCUAAUGAACUGACUGUGGAUGAUGGAGGACUCAUUGAUGUCAGCGAUGGUGGAGAGACAGCUAAUAAUGGAGAAGGUGUUGGUAUAGCUCAUAGCCAGGGUAACAGUGGGGCCUCCCACGCUGGCACAGGUGGCAGAGGUGGAUGCUCAGGCUACAAAUCCUGUAGACUAGACCGAAGCAUGCCCUAUGGCAACUUGUACGAGCCAAAGAAAUUUGGCAGUGGUGGAGCUGGGGGUAACGGAGGAAAUGGUGGUGGUAUUCUUGAGAUUGAUGUCACAGGAACACUAACUGUUGAUGGGUAUAUCAGCUCUAACAGUAAUGAUAUAGGGUCUAGUGUAAAUGAUGGCUCUAGUGGUGGUAGCGGUGGAAGUAUCUUUAUCAACACUGGAAACUUCUCUGGUAGCCACACUGGUCAUAUUCAGGCACUAGGUGGCGCUGGUGAUGUUGCAAAAGGUGGCGGUGGUUCAGGAGGACGUAUCGCCAUCUAUCACUACAACCACAUAACCAGUCGACCAUACAGGGGAUAUUACGAUCUCCAGGGUGGUAGCCCAAGCACUUAUGCUGAGCCUGGAGCUUCUGGGACAGCAUUCGUAAAACACACUGAAGACGACCAUAUCACAUUGAGAGUAGACAACAGAGAUCAAUUCCCAACAGUCCUUGAUGACCCUAUCAGGAAUCAAGGUCGGAGACUGGAUCUGAGUCUUGCCGCUGGGGUUGGCUACAGCAAGACCCAAUCAGCAAGGACUUACACUACAGCAAGUGGAUGCACUGUUCGCUCAAGCAAUGGCGAAUAUCACACCAACUACCAAUGGCAGUACUAUCCACGCAACAAUGACGGCAACAUGUAUAAACUGCCCAAUCUGUUUGACCAGACUUUCCAAAACAGCGAGUAUCAACAGUUUAUGGCUUGGGGCAGGUCUACUACACUGACUAUAACCUUCCCUGAGACAUACUUUGUGAACCAUAUUAGAGUAUUCCCAAAUGCUGCAUACCCUUCAAGAUUCAGGGUUACUGGUGCGCUUGGAAGCUCUUCUUUUGACCUAACAUCCACUACUGUUAGCCCUGCAAGCUCCAUCAAAUAUGGUUCAUUCCUGAGGGUUCCAGCUAUGAUCAGUUUGGAAAAGGUUGAAAUAUAUAUAGAGACAACUCGUAGUGACCAUGUAAAUGUUCUAGAUGAUUAUGCCUCACUUAGUGAGCUGGAGAUCUGGGUGGAAGGUGAAAAUGCAGAAUCAAGAUAUGAACACCGUGAGUUGGAUGGAAUUCGUACUUGGAUUGAGCCAGAAUCUGGGACUAACAGUUACGAUUUUGAUGAAGUCUACUUAACUGGGGGAGCCCACUUGGCAUUCUACCCAAUGACCUCCUUAACCACACCAGUCGAUAUAUAUAUUGGAAACCUCAAUGGUGACAAAUCAGGUCACCUCCACAUUGGCUAUGAACAGUCUGUGGUUAUCAAUGAGACUGCGAUUGACAUCCCAUUCAACAUGCAUGUCUAUGAGAGUGGCUCUGCUGACCUUCCUGCCAGGGCAUUCUUCAUGAAGACUAAAUUGUACAGUGCAGGCCAUAUCACUGGCCUGGAAGAUGUCUAUGUGUUUGAUGGAGGCAUGGUCGUGAUAGACUCCAACAGCAGUGUUGGUGAGAACUCUGUAGCAGGUCAAGUCAACAUUGAGACAGUACAUGUUCAAGAUGGAGGCACAUUUGAGCUGAAAUCUUAUGACAACAACGAUGCAUGGGAAUUAGAUGUCGUCAACAUAACUGUAUAUGGUGGAGGUCACUUCAAGGCCAAUGCCCAGCUGAAUGUGACAGCCACCCAUCUGUUUGCUAUCUACUCAGGUGGUCGAAUAGACCUCGAUCAUGGAGGUUUCCUACCUGGAGAGGGAUUCGGCAAAGGAACUGGUGCCCAUUAUGGAGGCAGCGGUGGUUGCCAUGGUGGCAGUGGUGGAAGAGGUGGUGGUACUGACAUAGUAGGAGAAAGCUAUGACUCUCUUUACUCACCUAUACACUAUGGUAGUCCUGGUGGCUAUGGAGCCUCACAUGGUACAUUAUACUUUGGUGACGAGGACCUAGAGAACUUGGUUGUUGUCCAGGGUCUAGGAGGCCGUGGAGGAGGAGCUAUACACAUAGACGCCUUCCAUGUUGAGCUUGAUGGUAAAAUCACUGCAGAUGGAGAAGUUCCUCACAGUACCUACCAAAGCCUUGCAGGUGGCGGCUCUGGUGGCUCGAUCCUUAUUGAAUGUGACAUCAUUGCUGGACACGGUGGCAUCUAUGCCCUCGGAGGUUCCGGAGACAGCAAUGGUGGAGGAGGUAGCGGAGGAAGAAUCUCCGUGCAAUGUGAUAGCAUGGACAAGUUCAAUGUCACUACUAAGGCCUAUGGAGGUGCGAGUAGUAGAGAAUCUGGAGGUGCUGGUACAGUAUACCUUCAGACAGCUAACGCUACCACCGGAGAUAUCACCAACAGAGUUAUAAUAAUAGACAACCACAACAGGGAAUACCCACAAGCACUGGACUGGACAGGACCCCUGAAAAAUAUUCACCAAGGAGACUACAGCGAUAUAUCAAGAGUUGGUGGAGUUACAUGGCUGUUCCAUGAGUCUCAGAAUUAUGUUUUUGAUGAUAUCAUCGUGAGAGGUAAUGCUCACGUUGCAAUCCUCAGUGACACUGACAACGACGAUGUAGUGGUUCAAGCAGAACGUAUGCUUGGAGACAAGAGUGGUAUCCUCCACACUGCCAACAAACAGUCGUUUACAUUUGAGAACCUGAAUGUCUACCUUCCUGUUAACAUCAUGGCAUACCCUGGUAGUACCAAUAAGAUGCCUGUCCGCAUUACGCUCCGUGAUGUCUGGAUGGAGAACAACGGCACUAUUAAACAAGUCGAGGACAUUGGCAUUGAAAAUGGUGGUAAAAUGCACCUGUGGUCUUUAGGACAUAAGGAAGGAGAGCCAAACGGAGCUUAUCGCUUUGAAAAUAUCUCCAUUCGUGCAGGAGGAUUGUUUGAACCAUUGACAGCUGAUGGGGCAUCAAGAAUGGCCUUGAAUAUGACAAGGUUAACAGUUAAUGGACGCGGUGUUAUGAGAUGUAAUGAUAUCCACAUGGAGAUGGAGAAUAUGACUGUCGACCUUUCAGGUGAGGUCCAUGCUGAUUUCACUGGCUUCGCAUCAUCUGAUGGAGAUGGCCAGGGAAUUGAUCAGAUAAAUGGGCGUACACUAGGUGGCUCUGGUGGUGCUCACGGAGGUCGUGGAGGUCGUCCAGCCAGUGGAUACUACUCUGCUAUGUCUUAUGGUUCCAUCUACCUGCCUAACACAAAAGGUAGCGGUGGUGGUGCUCCUGUACAUGGACUUGCUGGCAGGGGAGGAGGUAUCUUCCUGAUUGAGGUCCAUGAAACAAUGCGCAUUGAAGGUCGUUUGCACUCCAAUGGUGAGGCAGGUCAGGGUACCCAUGGUUCUGGAGGGGGUGGUGCCGGGGGUAGUAUCCUUGUCUACACCCACAACCUUGAUGGCGGUGGAUCAAUAGAAGCAACAGGCGGAGCAGGUCAGUCUGAUUUGGGCGGCGGUGGUGGUGGUGGUAGGAUUGCACUUUACUACAAAGGUGACAACUACUACAUUGGAGAAUACAUCGUCCAUGGUGGCUCAAGCAGAGACCAAUAUGGUGGAGCUGGAACCGUCUUCAUUGAGGACCGCACCACGCCAGAAGAACCUCACCGUACAUUCAUCAGUGAUAAUGCUGGCUAUAGCUCUACUGAGAGGAUCGCUGAGGUUGAAAAACUGGACACAAGGGGCUAUGGCGUUGAUAGUUCAUCACAGACUUAUUACACAUAUGGAAAUGUGAAGUUUACUACCACAGGGAACGUCUACUCAUAUUGGCCAUAUGUUCAUCACCAAGUAUGGUUCCCUUUCUAUAACCUCGUGUCUGGUGCACCAACUGAUGGCUACUAUCGAACCACCUACCAGAACAUUGACAUUGACAUUGAGUUCCCAUAUGAGACUUAUGUUGAUCAUGUACGCAUAUAUCCACAGUGUGAAGACACUACAACUGAAGAUACAUUCACCAAUACAUUCAUGGUGUCCAGUACACUAGAUGGGGAUGAGGACAAUCACUUGGACAGCUUCUGGAGCACUGCUCACUGCAGAGUCCAGGAUGAACCCGAUCACUUUGGCACUGUCAGGAUUGACAGGAAUGUCAAUAAGAUCACCCUAAACUGGAAGUCUAGUGGCAGCCAUAUUGGUGUCAAUGAACUGGAGGUGUACCUGAGCGAGCAACCAGGGAUUAAUGUACAGAGAAACUAUGUUACUACCCCUGGCUCUGGCUGGAUCACAACUGAGGAUGAGGAUGUCUCCGAAUUUGAGUUUGAAGAGAUCCACCUCCUUGGAGGAGCAAGUCUUGCCAUGACAGGAACUGACACCAAGAUCUUGGCACACUCAAUAGAGGGUGACAGCUCUGCAAGGUUAGAGGUCAGGAAAGACCAGAUAUUCCAUACAUCACAAGAUAGAGUCGUUCAGCCAUUUGCAAUUCUUGCCCAGAGAGACUCUGAUCUUGUUUUACCACCCAAAUAUGACUGCAAGGACUUGGAUGUCACCAUCAAAGGUACAUUCUCCAAGAUGACCAAUGUAACAGUUAGUGCUGAAUGUAAACUGACCAUUGAUCAUCAUGAGCCAAAGACCAAUGAGAUUGACUUCUUUGACAUCAAGACAUUCGCAGAGGUUGAAGUGACCACUGCAGAUGCUGCAACUACUACACUUGUGGGUACAGUGCUCACAGUGCGAAGUGGUGGAUGGCUGAAGUCUCAAGAUUUGGAGUUGAGGUACACUAAUAUUACUGUUGAGCCCAAUGGCUACCUCACUGCAGAUGAGGGUGUUCCUUACGACAUUGCCGAAACAGGUGUUGGAGUCGGGUACAGGAGUACUAGUGGCUCCUCUGGUGCUGGCGGAGGAGGAGGCGGAGGUCAAGGCCAAGGUCAGAUUUACGCCGGGAAAGCCCAUGGAUCCUUCCUUCAACCCACCUCCUUUGGCUACAAUGGUGGCCACAGUAUCUUCCCCCAUAUGGGUGGACUAGGUGCUGGUAGGAUCCACCUAGAAAUCUCUAACACAUUCAUGCUUGAUGGCUAUCUCACCAGCCGUGGUGGGCAGUACAGAUCUGUCCAGGCAGGUGGCGGUAGUGGUGGAAGUCUGUUCAUUGAAGCCAAGAUCCUUGGUGGGGAUGGAACUAUUGAUGCCUCCGGGGGUCAGGGUUAUGACGGCUCCUACUCAAACCAUGGUGGUGGCGGUGGCGCAGGGAGAAUAGCCCUUUACUACGUUGACAACGACUUUGUUGGUGCAUAUAUUGCCGCUGGUGGUGAGGGUGGCGCCAACUCUGAGAAUGGUGGCCCAGGUACAAUUUACCUCCACAAGCUGCCACGUUCAGAAACAACACUUCUGAUUGACAAAACCAAGGCAAACUACGAGGAGAUCUAUGAAGACACAACUGGCUAUGAUAAUAUUGAGAUUGCAAACCGAACUCUAUAUAUUGACAACCGUGGCCGAUUCCCAUUGGAUCAGAAUCGUAACUUGACUGAUGGUUAUGAUGACAUGAGGCAAGGAUCAGCUACAGCCUGGGCUUUACCGGGAAGCUAUCCAUCCAGUGUUGUUGCUACUGAGUUUGAUACAGAAGAAAAACCUGAUGUAGUCCUUGAUGAGAUCCAAGUUUACGGAGGUGGCCAUAUUGCUUUCAUCCAAGAAGACUGCAGCACGUGUAACAUAGACAUCAGACUUGUCGGUAUUCAAGGCAACAGACAAGGCAGGAUCCAUAUUGGGUUCAACCAGACCUUGUUCAUUGCUGAUGGACGCCUCCCUAUUGAUAUGGCUAUCUACAGAGGGGGUGAGGGUACCCUACAGGGUGAGCUCAGGGUCAUUGGGGUCACUGUCAGAAUUGAAGGUGUCCUCAAAGAUGUGGAGAACAUGACAAUUGUAGAAGGAGGUACCCUUUUUGUAAGCGAGAUGGUUGAUCUCAACGGAGACCGUAAAGAUACUAUUCCCUUCAUUGCGAUCAACAUCCGUAACAAUGGAAAAAUGGUAGCAAACAAUGGAAUUGAUGUGCGUAUUUUGAAGGGCAAGAGUCUUCAUGUUUUCCCUGGUGGUAUGCUAGAGUCAAACAACUUGGAGAUCAUCGCCGAUGAAGUUUACGUCGACACACUUGCUUCUAUUGUAUCUGAUGGCCUCGGUUACGCUUCUGAAGCUGGGCCAGGAAAAGGAUCCAGAAUAGGGGCUAACUAUGGCUCAGGUGGAAGUCACGGUGGUGAGGCUGGCAGUGAGUCCACAGGAAAUGAGGCUCCUAUUGGCUAUGGCUCAUUCACUUACCCACGUGACUUUGGUAGUGGAGGUGGUCACGGCACAGACACGUUAGGAUACAACUAUGAUGGUGGCGCUGGAGGUGGUGCUAUCAAAAUUGAAGCCAAAAAUGUCUUGAAGAUAGAUGGCAAUGUCACUGCUAGUGGUGCAGAUGGUGUCAGCGGAACAUGGUCUGGUGGUGGUGCUGGGGGCAGUGUAUACCUCAACACCAGUGAACUAGAUGGCGUUGGCAUUGUUGGGGUUGUUGGAGGAGAUGGUCGCAAUGGUGGCUCAGGAGGCCGCAUAUCUGCCUACUAUGACACCAGCUACUAUAUAGGAGAGUUCUCAUCUAGUGGUGGUAGUCAUUCUGGAGGAGAGACAGGUGCUGCAGGAACUGUGUUCCUCAGUGACAAGACUACUGAGGAGAAAAGGCUACAGGUCUACAAUAACCCAAAUGGAGUUCAAGGGCUUCGUCGUACCAGAGUCACAAUUCCCGCGGUGAAGACUGAAGAUCAUAAUGUCCAGGUGUUAGAUCUGGGUGACUAUGCUCAGGUUGGUCUUGUAGCUGUUGAUGCUAAUAGUAUACCAACUACUGGAGACAGGGAGCUUCAGGUUCUCACAGUUGAUGGUGACCACACUGCUGGUGUCCAUGUGGAGCCUGGAAUGUGGCUGAAUAUUCAGUUCAAUGAUUCUGCUGUUCUAUCCUUCCAUGUUACCCUCUAUGAUGAUGCUAAAAUUAACUUGCCAUUUGAGACUUACUUGAAAGACUCUAGAGUUAUCUUAUAUGGUGGAGAGUUGCUUGGUUUGAAAAAACUAAAUGUAUCUCUCAAUGGAGAAUUCAUAGCAUACCCCGAGGCACGUCUGUUUGCUGAUUAUGACAGCGAGUUCAACUUGGAGAGCAUUGAGGUGUUGGAUGGUGGUAUACUCGGCUUUGAGGGAACCGCAGCAGCUGAAGAUGUCAUGACCAUGAGCCUUGAUGCUCUUAUAGUUAGGGGUGGUGGCUUAUUCUAUGCAAACAAACUCGACCUUACAGCUAAAACUAUUGAGAUCGACGGACAAGGAGUAAUUGAUGCUUCGGGACGUGGUUAUGAACCUGGUGAAGGUUCAGGUGCCGGAAUCUCUGAUGCCGAAUUCAAGGGAGGCUCAGGUGGCUCUCAUGGCGGUGUUGGAGGUCAGGGCAGUCACACGACAUACUCUAGCAUGGCUUAUGAUAACGUCAUGGAACCAACUGACUAUGGUAGUGGAGGAAAUAAAAUCAACAGUGAACAGGUUGGAGGUCAAGGAGGUGGUGUAAUCCUGCUAUCUGCCGACAGAAUUGUCAUCGAUGGUGAGAUUAAGUCUAAUGGCUCAACUUCCUACACUAAAGGCUGUGGUGGAGGAGCUGGUGGUAGCAUCGUCGUUAAAGCCAAACAAGUUUCAGGUUCUGGUUCUGUUGUCUCCAGCGGAGGAGAUGGCGCUACAGUUUCGUUCUGUAACAAAUAUGACGAAAACCUUCGCUGUGAAGAAUGUAACAAUGGCUACUAUUGGUCGGAUUAUAACUGUGUUGCCAGCUGCCAACAUACGUCCAAUGAGUGCUGUGAUCAAGACAAAUAUAAUGACGCAUGUGUGGGCAGCCAUGAUGCAUGUCUAGAUAGUGACGCACACUGUAGGAGUAAUGGUUACUUCAACUUCAAUUAUUGUGAUCCCAUUGGUCGUACAUGUAAAGGAGAAUCAAGUCCUGCCGAUAGUAAAACUCUUGGUGGUGGUGGAGCAGGUGGUCGUAUAGCUAUAUUCGCCUCUGAAUCCUUCACCUAUACUGGCUCCUACAGAUCAAUUGGUGGCAGGUCCCCAAGUGAGUAUGGUGGCCCUGGAACAGUUGUCGUCUUUGCCACUGAUCCAGAAACAGAAGUGACCACAUCAAGCUUGUUUGUUGACAACGGAGGCAAGCAACCAGUCAAUGAUUUAAUCGCAGAUUCCACCCAGGAUAGCUGUAGAGCAUACGUCGUGGCUGAUAACAGCUUUGGUGUAUCUACUUUCGAUUUUGAUGAGGUGACUAUCACUGGUAGUGCUCAUCUUGCCUUCAGGAGCAACGGAGGAUCUACAAUUACUGUGACCUUCCAGAUGCUUCAUGGAGACCUGACUGGUCUGUUGCAUGUACUACAGGGUAUGCCUGUAGAGAUAGUAGAUGGUGACAGUCCAAUGCCAGCCUCAUUCUUCUUGUAUGAGAGUGCACAGUUACAACUCCCUGCAGAGGUAUUCCUAAGUGGUUUGGACUACAAGGAUGUGGAGAUCAAUGGAAUCCUGACAGGCAUCCAAGACCUUCACAUUGGAGAAGGAGUCAAUAUUGUUAUUGGACCUGAGGGUCAAAGUGCCGGCCUGGACAAGCAGGAGUUCACUAUGAACUCAGUGAAUAUCUACGCUGAUGGUGUGCUUACUUCCUUAUAUGGAGAGGGCGCAACAACUAGCCGGCCUUCCUUGGGUCUCACAUUGACUGAGGAACUCAGACUGCACUCUGGUGGCGUUAUACAGACUAACUGGAUCCGUGCAGAUACAGGGAGUGUGUUACUGGAGAGUGCCUCAUUUAUACAGACAAAUGCAAGAGCCCCCACUAGGUCUGAUGGUGGUAGAGAUACACCUGCUGGAGGUGGCUCUGGUGGUGGUCAUGGAGCUUGUGGUGGCAAUGGAGUGGGUCAGACUAUGGUCGGGCACCCUCAUGGUAUCCUCUACGAACCCUCAGACUUUGGAAGUCAGGGAGGUAUCGGAGGAGCGGCUACAACUGGUGACUGCUACCCCCUCUAUAGCUCAGAGGAUGAUGUGCCCGCAGCAGGCAGAGGUGGUGGAAUCAUUCAGCUCACAGCUACUGGAUCAAUUGAGAUUGAUGGAGACCUAUUUGCUAAUGGCGAAGAUUCUCAAGGACCAAGAGCUGGAGGAGGGGCUGGUGGAAGUAUUUUCCUAUCUGCCGCUACAGAAUUUGCUGGUCUCGGCACAAUGUCUGCAAUAGGUGGCGCUGUUGAUGACACUGACACUAACUGUGGUGGUGGUGGUGGCGGCGGUGGUCGUAUCGCUAUCGAGUAUGACACCAACAACUUCAUCGGUUCAG